GGGCCGGCGCGGGCGCAGAGGCGUCACGCACUCCAUGGUAACGGCGCUCGGCCCGAAGAUGGCUUCCGAAUGGGGCGGAGGAGUGGGUUACUCGGGCUCAGGCCCGGGCCGGAGCCGGUGGCGCUGGAGCGGGUCUGUGUGGGUCCGAAGCGUUUUACUCCUGUUGGGCGGGCUCCGGGCCAGCGCCACAUCUACUCCCGUCUCCUUGGGCAGUUCCCCUCCCUGCCGGCACCACGUCCCCUCUGACACUGAGGUCAUAAAUAAAGUUCAUCUUAAGGCAAAUCAUGUGGUCAAGAGAGAUGUUGAUGAGCAUUUAAGAAUCAAGACUGUCUAUGAUAAAAGUGUUGAAGAGUUGCUCCCUGAGAAAAAGAAUCUUGUAAAGAACAAGCUUUUCCCACAAGCGAUUUCUUAUUUAGAGAAGACUUUUCAGGUCCGUCGACCUGCGGGCACUAUCUUACUUAGCAGACAAUGUGCAACAAACCAAUACCUCCGGAAGGAAAACGAUCCUCACAGGUACUGCACCGGGGAGUGUGCCGCACACACAAAGUGUGGCCCUGUCAUUGUUCCUGAGGAACAUCUCCAGCAAUGCCGGGUCUACCGUGGGGGUAAGUGGCCUCAUGGAGCAGUGGGUGUGCCAGACCAAGAAGGCAUCUCAGAUGCAGACUUUGUUCUUUACGUUGGUGCUCUGGCCACCGAGAGAUGCAGCCAUGAAAACAUCAUCUCUUAUGCAGCCUAUUGUCAGCAGGAAGCAAACAUGGACAGGCCAAUAGCAGGAUAUGCUAACCUGUGUCCAAAUAUGAUCUCUACCCAGCCUCAGGAGUUUGUUGGGAUGCUGUCCACAGUGAAACAUGAGGUUAUUCAUGCCCUGGGUUUCUCUGCUGGGCUGUUUGCAUUCUACCAUGAUAAAGAUGGAAAUCCUCUCACUUCAAGAUUUGCAGAUGGCCUCCCACCUUUUAAUUAUAGUCUGGGAUUAUAUCAAUGGAGUGAUAAAGUAGUUCGAAAAGUGGAGAGAUUAUGGGAUGUUCGAGAUAAUAAGAUAGUUCGUCACACUGUGUAUCUCCUGGUAACGCCUCGUGUUGUUGAGGAAGCACGAAAACAUUUUGAUUGUCCAGUUCUAGAGGGAAUGGAACUUGAAAAUCAGGGUGGUAUGGGCACUGAGCUCAACCAUUGGGAAAAAAGGUUAUUAGAGAAUGAAGCGAUGACUGGUUCUCACACUCAGAAUCGAGUACUCUCUCGAAUCACUCUGGCAUUAAUGGAGGACACCGGCUGGUAUAAAGCAAAUUACAGCAUGGCUGAGAAGUUAGACUGGGGCCGAGGAAUGGGCUGUGACUUUGUCAGGAAGAGCUGUAAAUUCUGGAUUGAUCAGCAGAGACAAAAGAGACAGAUGCUGAGCCCUUACUGUGACACGCUCAGAAGUAACCCACUGCAGCUAACUUGCAGACAGGACCAGAGAGCAGUUGCCGUGUGUAAUUUGCAGAAGUUCCCUAAGCCUUUACCGCAGGAAUACCAGUACUUUGAUGAACUCAGUGGAAUACCUGCAGAAGAUUUGCCUUAUUAUGGUGGCUCCGUGGAAAUUGCUGACUACUGCCCUUUCAGUCAGGAAUUCAGUUGGCAUUUAAGUGGUGAAUAUCAGCGCAGCUCAGAUUGUAGAAUAUUGGAAAAUCAACCAGAAAUUUUUAAGAACUAUGGUGCUGAAAAGUAUGGACCUCAUUCCGUUUGUCUAAUUCAGAAAUCAGCAUUCGUUAUGGAGAAGUGUGAGAGGAAGCUGAGUUACCCAGACUGGGGAAGCGGAUGCUAUCAGGUUUCUUGUUCUCCUCAAGGUCUGAAAGUUUGGGUCCAAGAUACUUCAUAUUUGUGUAGUCGGGCUGGGCAGGUCCUCCCCGUCAGUAUCCAGAUGAAUGGCUGGAUUCACGAUGGAAACCUGCUCUGCCCAUCAUGUUGGGACUUCUGUGAGCUCUGUCCUCCAGAAACAGAUCCUCCAGCCACUAACCUGACCCGAGCUCUGCCACUGGAUCUUUGUUCCUGUUCCUCGAGCCUGGUGGUCACCCUCUGGCUUCUGCUAGGCAAUCUGUUUCCUCUGCUGGCUGGAUUUCUUCUGUGUAUAUGGCACUAGGAAUGGAAAAGUGGAUCUUCCAAGAUAUUCUUUUAUGUUAUGUUCUUGUGAACAAAGCACAAAGUUUGAGCGAGUGCCAACCUAUGCAGAUGGUAGAAGUGGCAUUCCUGGCUUUGGCUUGGAAGAAUUGACGACCAUCAGACCUUGAAGCAGAACUUCACAGCAGCCUGUCCUCAUCAGCAACCCAACCACCUUCAUCAGCAACCCAACCACCUCAUCAGCAACCCAACCACCUCGUCAGCAACCCAACCACCUCGUCAGCAACCCAGCCACCUUCAUCAGCAACCCAACCACCUCAUCAGCAACCCAGCCACCUUCAUCAGCAACCCAACCACCUCAUCAGCAACCCAACCACUUUCAUCAGCAACUCAACACCUUCAUCCGCAAGCCAACCACCUUCAUCAGCAACCCAACCACCUCAUCUUGGAGAAGGAGAAGGAACUGCAAGCCACCAAGUCUUCAUUUUUCAGGGUUUGUAAUCUUCCUAAAGUUUUCCUUUGAAAAUAGGAUAAUGGGUGGAAUUUUCAGAGUGAUUACAUACCUCAACAUUUUUAUUAACAUACAACAAUGGGAAAGUUCAUCAUCCAUAUACUGCAGUCACUUAAACAACAGCCAAUUAUUGCAAGAUUAGAAUUGGAGAUCUUGUCCUCAAAAGUAUAAAUUGUCCUUUGAUUUAUAGAAAAUAAUGGAAUUGGGAUUUCUACAUAUCAUUAUUAUACCUAUUUUAAAUUUAAUGGCAGCCAGGCAUGGUGGUGCCUGCCUGGAGUUCCAGCUAUUUGGGAGGCUGAGGCAGGAGGAUCGCUUGAGCCCAGGAGUUCAAGGCUGCAGUGAGCUAUGAUUGCACCACUGUAUUCCAGCCUGCACAAUAGAGUUAGACCCUGUAUCUUAAAAAAAAAAAAUUAAUGGCUGGUAUAUAGUAAACUUAAUUCACUGUUCCCAUUGUUUGUUCUAAAGAAUUUUUUAAAAUAAUGUUUCAUUAAAUCUUAUGAUUUAACCGUGCUUGCCCUUUUUGCCAGCUAUGUGGCAGUUUACGGCAGAACUGCUGUCAGUGUGCUGGUAGCCCUCUGUAUUCAUCCCUCUUCAGAGCUCAGCUUCUGGUUGUAUUCUCCAUGAGUUUAAUAAUGACAUGAAAAAAUGUGGAAGCUGAGAGAGUAAAAUACUCUGCUCUGUAAAAACAUGGAAGACAUGCAAACAGAAAAAAACAUGAUUGUAUUGUUUUAGAUAAUACUUAAGACAACUGUGAAACAACAAAAACACAACUAUUCCUUUGUGACCGAUGAAGAUAAAAAAAAAUUCUGGUAAAGACAGGUAUGCAGUUUUUUAAAAUGGGUUAAGAAAUUGUUGCAGAAGAAUUUCUAACAUCUGAAAAUGGUUUUAUGUUUAAGAAGGAUGGUCUGAAUUGUGUACUAAUAGCAAGGUAUAAGUUUGGUGUAGAGCCUAUCCAGUAGCGUCCACUGUACCACUUUUAAGUAAGACUCAGUCCACAGAAGCUGGAAGAUUGCCUUCGCUUUAAAUAUCCUUUACCUUCUGCAUUUGACACUCCUCCUAUUACUACAUAGAUUCCAGUCCCCAGAAGCAAUUUUACACUGGUACUAGAGCUUACCAGCCCCAUUUAGUAAUUCCUAUUUGAAAUUUUUUAAUGGCUAGAUGAGGUUUAACAAGAAUAUGAAAAGAAAAAAGAAAAAAUAUAUUCAUGAAUGAUAGGCGAUGCCCAUUCUUUCUCUCAAGCUAAUGAAGUCCUAUGGCAUUCUAACCACAACCCUCGGACAGACUCCUCAUAUUCCUCCAUGGCAUUGUAACCACAACCCUCGGACAGACUCCUUCUGUUCCUCCUUUCCUCGUCCUUCCCUGCUUUUCGUCCAUUCAGCAUAUCCAUUGAAGAAAUUAUGCUAAGUGAGCUAAGCAACAUAAUUACUAAGAAUUAAUUCUGAUUAUUUGGCACUAGAGCCAACAGCAACCCCAGCAUAGAGGAAAGUCGCUUUUUUUUCAAAUGCAUAAAUUUAAAGUAUGUAUUUGCAUGCAGUUUUAAAUGGGAGGUAUUUGUCAUUGUGAAAAGCUGGGAAUCUCAAACAUAGUCAACUUAACUAAAAAGAAGCUAAUACAGGUUGAGCAUUCCUAAUCCAAAAAUCCGGAAUCCAAAUUGCUCCAAAAUCUGAAACUUUCUGAAUGCUGACCUGAUACUACAAGUAGAAAAUUCCACAUAUAAGUACUUAACACAAACUUUCUUUCAUGCACAAACUACUAAAAAUAUUGUAUAAAAUUACCUUCAGGCAGUGUGUGUAGUUAUAUAUGAAACAUGAAUUUCAUGUUUAGACUUGGGUCCAUGCCCAAGAUACCUCAUUAGGUAUCUGUAAAUAUCCAAAAUCCAAAAAAAAGUCUGAAAUCUGAAACACUUCUGGUCCCAAGCAUUUCAGUAAGUGAUGCUCAACCUGCGUAAUGGUCUGCGGGCCAGUGCUCAUUUUCUGCCUAUGUUGUACAUACUUUAAAUUGUGCAAAGUCAAAGCAAAGAGUCUAUUUUUAAAGAAACUUACAAUAAUCUAAACAUAUACUUCUUAUGAUUAUGAAUCAUCCUGCAAAGCUGUAUGAAGAAUUUUACCAAAAAUACAAUGAAUUAAUCAUAUAUUUGAGAGUCACAGUGAUAGGUUCGACUAUAUUUUGACUGUUGUGUAGUGGCACCAUUUAGGUAGUGUUGUUUCUGAGCAUGGUGCUUUUUAUACUUGAAAUAUAUUUUUGCUUUAUUUUUUAUUGAUAUAAUUAUAUUUGCACUAAUGGCUUUCUGAAGAAAAUAUUAUAGAUGACAUUUUUUGUAUAUAUAUUUAUUAAGCUUGGGAACCUGGUCGCCCAGUGUUUUCUCUGGACAAAUGUGAAACUGGAUAAAGUAUGGAUAAAGUCUUGAGUUCCUCAGGGUAACUGUGUUGAUGUCUCCCGUCCUCUUCAGUAAGGCUUGAAUAUGAUUUUACUCAUCAUUGAUUCUGCAUAGUGUACCCAGCAAGACUUAGAAGGACACUGAACCUGUCAGAGAUUUUAAGAGGCACAUUUUAGUCACUUUGAAUAUGGUAGUGGCGGGCGUGGUGACCGAAGCCUGUAAUCCCAGCACUUCGGGAGGCCAAGGCAAGCAGAUCACGAGAUCAGGAGUUUGAGGUUACAGUGAGCUGAUCGCACCACUGCACUGCAGCCUGGAUGACAGAGUGAGACUUUCUUGGGAAAAAAAAAAAUGACAGUGAAGCAGACUUUUAGAAUCCGAGAUGUCAUUGCAGAAUUAUUGGUAUAAAAUUCAGCUGCAAAGUGAAGAAAUUGAAAUGGCCCACACGUUGAUAUCCUGUGGCAGGUUAUACCCUUCAUGUUAGCAAAGACAAAGCCACGUCGCUGUGUUAAGAGGGACAGGCUGGGCCGGCUGCAGCUGUAGUGGAAGUGAGGGACACAGGGAAGGAAUGGGGAGCAGCAAUUUGGGGACAGUAGACUGGAGUCACUUUCUGACUCAAAAAGGGUCAAGUACUUAUUAAAAACUGACUACCUUGGUUUUCUGUUCAGACUUAGGCUCAUUUUGAUCAUUUUAAGGUCCCCAGUUGUCAAAAAUAUCAAGUGAAUUUGUCUCAAGUUUUCAGAAACAAAAUUUACAGGAAGGAAGCAAAAGCCAUGUCAGUAGCCUUGAGCUGACAGCUUUAAAGAAACUGGCAAACAGGUAGGUUGUCCUCAUAUAGAUCCUUCCAGUAUUCUGAAAAACAUCCUUUUAUUUCUUAAAACCAGUAACCCUUACAUUUUUCCUAUAGGAUACUUAUUUUUGUUGAGAUCAAAUAGACAUUCUAUAAAUGUUAUAAAUUAUGCUUGCAGUUAUUCAGCCUAUCUAGGCUUAAGGUUUAUCAGUAUUUGAAGUUGAAACAUCAUUUUAUGAGGUUUAGUUUUAGGAAGAUAAAUAAAUAUAUCAAAGUAUUUCAUAAAGUUGUAUCAAUGUUCCUUCUAAUAUUAGAAGACUUACUGACUGAGGCCAUCUGUGAACGACUAGGCGAUCUCUCAGAAUCCUUCCAGCUCUAAUACCCUCUGACUAACACUCACCCAGAAUUGCUGUCUGUGCUGGCUGUGAUCUGCCUCCAGGAGCAUACGCCAUCCUGCGUGCUGUGUCUGUCACAGUGUCUGUGCUCGGUGCCUUACCACUGUCCGUGUCCUUGGACGCUGACUGGACAGAGAGGAGCCUGUCUCUUAGGGCACAUGAGUCUUCGUGGCAGGAGGAGACGGGCCUCAGUCACAGCGUCACAGACCCUUGUCACAGUGGACACUAGUCAUUCCUGCCAUGUCCUUGCAGCCCAGGAGGACUAACAAGAUUUUAAUGAAGUCUGUGUUACUCAUUCUGAAGAAAAGAACUUACCUGAGAGGAGUAAUAUUUUUUUAAUAUAUAUUGGGUCAGGGAUGGGGAGGGAGUGGUUGUUUUAUGUUUACAUUUUUAAUAAGUAAAAUAGAAGAUUUAAGAACUAAUAUUUAUGGUAUUGAACUUUAAGUGUAAUAUGUUCCUUAGAAAAACACAACUUUAAUAAAAAUGGAAACUAA